AUGCAAAGUGUAAGUGCACUGCAGGAGUUUCCGUAGACUGAUGAGGAUCACUGGUGGUGGAUAUUCAGCGGACAAGGGCGAUCAAUAUCGUCCCAGGGGCGCUCUGCGGCCAGAACAAGCCAGUUGCAGAUGAAUGGCGGAGAAUAUUCAAUAUGGCCUGGCGGCUGGUGGAGUUUCAGUGGUGGAAUUCGAAAUGGAGUCAAGUCGGAAAUGAUCUCUACGGCUACGGCUAAGCUUUGA